CGCAUUUAUCCUUUACAACCGUGGUUUUUUCAUAGAGUUCAAAAAUUUGAGAAUUUUGGAAAUUUUCUGUCCAUCCUGUUGAAUAAACUUAAAGUCAAAGAUAUGUAAUAUUUUCAAUGUAAGAAUUUAAAGUUUUAGGGAAAAAUUGUAACGCAAAAUACGAACGCUAAACAGACAAAAAAUCAACCGAUAGACAAAGCUACGCUACGGUUGUGUUAGUCAAAGUGCGCUGAGCUUGAAUCGGUACGCCAGCGACUUUUACUUCGCAUUUCAGUUUUGGUUUUGGCUACCUGUACGAAAAAGCCUACCCUGUCGUUCUGUCGUUUUAUUGAGCUUCCGAAUGAGUAAUAUUAAAAAAAAAAUAGUUUAACCACAGUUAUUGCCUGUGGUUCUGUGCAUAUACAUAAGCGGUGGCGAAAGAAGUCGUCCAUUUUUGUAGAAGCACUCUAGCGCGGGGUUUCAAUUGUCCUGGUCGAGCCUGCCGUCGGUCAACCUGAAAGUUUUUUGGGACCGUAGUAAUACUGUUUAAGACGGCAAAAUUCAUUUUAAUUGGCAAACUGGAGAAAAUUAAUAAACGCGCCCAGCUUAUUCGGGACAAAAUGGUGUUGGCUGAGCGCAACAUCACGGAUGUGGUGCGAAACGGACGUCGGUCGCGUGGACCCAGCCCCAACACGAAUACAACUGGUGGUGUGGCUUCUAAUGCGAACAUAGUUGCAAGCGGAGGUGGUGGGGCUGGGGUUGUUAACCCCACAAAUCCACAAUCCAAUGAGAAGGCCUCAACGAUCGUACCGGGUGCGGGCACGCCGGAGAGCUCAGACGACGACAACUCAACAAAGCGCAACGGGAAAUCAAAGGCCAAGCAAUCUGACUAUGAAGAAAAAAUUCGAGUUGGACGCGACUAUCAGGCGGUUUGUCCGCCACUCGUCGCCGAAGUUGAGCGCCGACCAGAACAAAUGAAUGAACGCGCCCUCUUGGUCUGGUCGCCAACAAAAGAGAUACCAGACCUAAAACUUGAGGAGUACAUUUCAGUGGCAAAGGAGAAAUACGGCUACAACGGUGAACAAGCUCUAGGCAUGCUGUUCUGGCACAAACACGAUUUGGAGCGGGCCGUGAUGGACUUGGCCAACUUUACGCCAUUUCCUGAUGAGUGGACCAUUGAGGACAAAGUCUUAUUUGAGCAGGCAUUUCAGUUUCACGGGAAAAGCUUCCAUCGAAUACGUCAAAUGCUACCAGACAAAUCAAUCGCAAGUUUGGUGAAAUACUAUUACUCGUGGAAGAAGACGCGUCAUCGUAGCAGUGCAAUGGAUCGACAGGAAAAGACCAUGAAGGCUUGUGUCAAGGAUGGUUCUGAGAAUGGCAGUGAAGUGGGUAGCAAUGAGGAGUCUGAUAACGAUGACAAGACGGGCCAUAACAAAAAUGGUGAAAACAAUAGCAGUAACAGUGCUGACAGCAGCUGUAUCGGCAACAACAAUAAUUGCGACAAUAAUAAUGGAGGAAGCAACAGCAUCAACAGCAACGACUUGAACGUGGAUCAAUUGUGCAUCUACGCUUCAAAUGCGGUCAACGAUAAUAUACUAGGCUAUGGUCUGCCAACCGAAGUUGCAACCAAUGGAAUCAACAGCAACACUGGAAACGGAAUCAUUUGCGCCGAUAUCAACAACGACGACAAUUCGACGCGACGCGUGGUUUUGGGCGGUUUUUGUAAAACUUGCAAUGUGGUUUGCCACGUUCUAUACGAUUCGCCAGUGGGGCGCAUGUGCAAAAGUUGUCAUACGCAUUGGAGACGCACGGGAAAUCUUCGACCAAUUUCCGGUCCUGAGAGCAAUGCACCCAGACGUUCUAAUCACAACAGCGCCGCCAUUGUGGCUGCCGAUCGCUCCAAACGCAAACCUCCCAGGGGCAUGUACAUCAAUCACGACGAUCUCACUGCCCUCGCCACCUGCAAGAACCCCAGCGUGUAUUUAGCCGAACGUGAUCGCAAGAUCAGCGCUUUAAUGGUUGAAAUACAAAAAAAUAGGCAGCUUAUGGAGGUGUUGGAUAAGGAAUGCGAUGCUAUUAAUGUUGACGAUAUUGUAUCUAAGCCAGCUAUAGCGAUUUCGGAGUCGUCCACAGCGCAGCCGCGCACUUCUGCUCGUUGGACUCCGGAUGAGAUCAAGGUGGCGCUCCUCGUCUUGCGCGACUAUGGAAAGAACUAUCCGAUGAUAGCCAAACUUGUGUCCACCAAGACCGAAGCGCAUGUUCGUGCCUUCUACUUAAACAAUCGGCGUCGAUACAAUCUCGACCAGAUCGUGAAAGAGUAUGAGGCUGGAAAGUCGGAAGAGUCUGGUGUUGAAGAUCAUAACGAACAGAUAGAUGAUGGGUCAGCAGCAGCUAACUCACGCUCAGUUAAUAAGCCGUUUACCGAUGACAGCAACAAAGGACUUAACCCCGAUCAGGAGUUACAGGCUAAAAAGGAGAAGCCCGAACUGGUAACAGCUGAAGUACAAAGCGACAACAGUGAUACAGCAGUUGUCACUGCCAUUGCAAUACCCGCUGAGGUUGUUAAUUCAAACAGUAGCCUUGUUGUCGUACCCACUGGCAACAAAAUCACCAUUAUGGAUGAGUCGGAUACCGCCCCUAACUCGAGUACCGAUAUGGCCAUCAGCAGCACCAAUACCGGUGUUAGUGCCUCAUCCUCGUCACUAUCGAGUGUUAACACUCCACCUGCGCCAAUAUUGGUUGAUCAGAAAGAGCCCGACAGCGAAGAGUUAUCCGCACUAAAUCACAGUUCAAAAGGGGAUGCAGACGGUGCUGGAGGAAAUGCGGCUACAGGCAAUGCCAAUGCCAAACGCGAAAUCUCCACCAUGACGUCUGCCGAACAGCCACCAGUCAAAAAAGUAGCACUCUGCACCAGCGUGGAACUCAUCGAAAAGUAACUGACCUAUGCAGCUCGGUGAUGUGUUCGCAUAUGAUAUAUAUAUAUAUACACAUUCAUAUAUAUAUAUACACCGAUACAUACAUAUAUAGACAACUUUUGUGCAGCCGCCUCAAUCUGCAUUCAAGCCGAGACAUCCUGUUAGUGCCGAGACCACCAGUAAUUAAGACAGGCACAUUCAUAAGAUGUUAGUAUGGGUUUAGGGAGUAUUUCUAAAUUUGGUUUAUAUUGAAUUGACUACAUAUUUUUUUUUUCUUAUAUUUCGUUUUUGGGAUGCAUUUACUAAAUGAAAAACAUUACAGCAUGACCUAAACCAACAUUACAUUCGUAUUUCGAAUUACACUGAGAUUGAUUAGACAGGUGAAGCAUGUGUAUAUUUUUUGGCGAAACAAAAAUGCUGAAGUUGGAUGAAAAGAAAACGUUUUUAACAGAAGCUUCAAAGUUCAGAUUUGGUGGUUUACGGCAGAACGGCUACAAUACUUUCCUAUAAAAUAUAAGUGCAGCUUACUCGCUCUGUAAAGACCACAGAAACGAAGGAAAAGUGCACGGGGAAGUUACUACAUCCGUGACGUUAUCUGUGUUUACUAUUAAUAUAAUUAAAAUUGAGUAUAAUAUAA